ACAAGUGGCGCUGAAUCAUCGAAAGAUGUGGGCCAAAUUGUGUCGCCUUUGCGAGCGGCCAGCGGCCGACGGCGGCUAUCGGGCGGCCGAAUUGGAUUUGAAUAAUUUUUCAGAGUGGUGCUUGAACUUCUUGGGCACAAAUUUGGCCGAAGAAGUCCAGGCCGACGACCUGAUUUGCUAUUUCUGCGUUUGGGACGCAAGGUUACUUUUUGAAAAUGAAAAAAAUGCGCAACGUGGAAUACUAGACAAAAUGAGGUGGUGGCCUGAAGAAGGGGCAAGCAAGGAAUUUAGUCUUCGAAAUUACUACAAAGCUGAAUACAUAAAGCAAUGCUGGGUGCCGCUGAUGAAAGUUCCCGAAAUUUCUUAUGUAUCAUCAUCUGACAAGAGCUUGGAUGAGACAAACAUAGAGAAACCAGUGAAAAGAAAAAUUGGGAGAAAAUAUGCAGUUACUUCCAAAAGUGUGCAGUGUGUGUACUGCAAAAAACACUGUCACUUUUGUCAUAUUUCAAAGCACAUUCGAAUUAUGCAUGCAGAUAUUGCUAUCAGGUGUGAUUAUCUUCAAUGCAGUAAAUAUUUUCUUUCCGAGGAAGAAAAGUGUAAACAUAUACAAGAAUAUCACUUGAAACCUAAAGAGCAGGUGCUACACGACUGCUGUUAUUGCUCAAGACAGGACCUUACAAGAAAGACAUUGUACAAGCACGUCAGAUGGUGCCAUUCAGAAAUUGCCAUCAAGUGCCGUGUUGGGAGGUGUGGUGAUUUUUUUAAAACUAAGGCCGAUUUGGAAGUUCAUAUGAAUACAAAACACAGAGGUCUUGAAGAGUCAAAAAAGCACAAGUGCUCAAUCUGUGACUGCAAAUUUGAACGGAAAAUUGGACUUGCUAACCAUGAAGCCAAGAAGCACAAAAUUUCAAAGCACAUAUUUAAUUGUCCAAUGUGCCCUGCCAUUUUAAUUAGUAAAAGUAGUUUGUCUUUUCAUAUCAAAAUUAAACACAAGUUUAGGACAUGCCCUGCCUGUAAUUUGCAAAUUUCUGCAUUUUCGUAUUGCAUACAUUUUGUGAAGGUUUCUUGUAGAAAAUGUGAAAGAACUUUUGAUUGCUCAGAGUUGUUAAAAAAACAUAAAAAAGAGUGCAGGGGUCUGCUUUUCAAGUGUGAUUUUUGUCCAAAUGUGUAUUUUAAAAAAUAUGAGCUUAGGUAUCACAUAAAUAGCCAUCUGGGACAUAUUGCUAAGGGUCUCCAGUUAAAAGAACGCAAAAUCCGUUGCAAGACUUGCUCAAAAUACUUUUCUUCAAAACUGCUUUUAAAAAAACACACAAAAAGGAUGCACCACAAAACUGCCAGGCACAAAUUCUCUUGUGCUCAUUGCCAAAAGUUGUAUCUUUGCAAGUCUCGUUUUCAAAAGCAUCUUGCUCAAAUUCACAACCUUAUCACAUUUAGCUACAGGUGCAAGCUUUGUUCCAGAAAAUUAAUUUUAAAAUCACAAUAUGAAGAACACAUAAAAUAUUGUAAAAUGGAAAAUUCCAAGAUGGUUGAGUGGACUGUAUGCAAGAAAAUAGUCCAAAACUACAACCUCCAAACUCACAUGAUUCGUAUCCAUGCUAUUCCUGACUUUCCUAACAAAUAAAGCACUAAGAAGCUUUGGGUGAGGGUCUGCUUCGCAGGCAGCAAUGGAUAAGCAAUAGCAUGGAAAGUGGCGCUCUGGCCGGCACUCGCCGUGCAGGAGACAUGGCAUCGCUGCUGGCGGUACGAUCGCGAGGUGGGGGCUCCCAGAGCCGUCUCCAACGCGAAUGCGGCCUUACGCGA